AGAGGAGAGAAAGAGAAGAGAGAGAAAGACAACGCCGAGAGAGAGAAUGAGAAACGCCCCAUCAUCAUCAUCUCUCCGAGCUCGUAGCCAGCGGCGUACGAGGCCGGGUUAAUCGUCGCAGAUGAAGACGCUCCAUCCACAUUUGCGCUACCAGAAGCACCCCGUGCAGUCCGAAGCACACGUCGUAAAACAGCGCAGCGGUCAUUGCGAGGCAAGCGGAGGGAGGUGGAGUCGUCUUGGUUAUUUUGUAGUAGCAGCAGCAGCUGUCGUAGACGGUGCAGGAAGAGGCUGUCGUCGGAGUCACUCAAUAUCUCACGUCGUCCUCCCUCCCUGUUGGGGCUGCACGCUCCCCGCUCUCCGCCCCUCUUCUCCUCCUCCUCGGCUGCCCGAGGAGCGGCGGACCCGAUGGUGCAGCGUGGGGGAGGAGGAGGAGCAGCGCCCAUAACAGCGAAGAGCGACACGCGGCUGCUGAUGCUGCAGCAACAGCAGCCGCAGCCGGGCAUGGAGACGCCGAGCGUGAAGGUUCCCUGUAAGAGACCCGGCCCCAUCGGUGCGUUUAAGAACUCGGACUGCAGCACGUCCUCGGACACCACGAGCCACAGCUGGGCGCGCCAGGGCUCAGCGGAGUCGUACAACAGCCGGCCCACGGACUCGGACGUGUCCCUGGAGGAGGACCGGGAGGCCCUCAAACAUGAGGCCGAGAAGCAGGCCUUGGCCCAGCUCGAGAAGGCCAAGACGAAGCCUGUGGCGUUCACGGUGCGCACCAACGUGGGCUACAACGGCUUCCACGAGGAGAGCGCCCCCAUCCACGGUGCCGCCAUCUCGUUCGAGGCCAAGGACUUCCUGCACAUCAAGGAGAAAUACAACAACGACUGGUGGAUCGGGCGGCUCGUCAAGGAGGGCUGCGAGAUCGGCUUCAUCCCGAGCCCCGUGAAGCUGGAGCACAUCCGCCAGCUGCUGGAGCAGAAGGCGCGGCAGGGGCGCUUCCAUGCAGGGAGGCAGGGAACGAACUCGUCAUCCAGCCUGGGCGACCUCGUGCCGGGGUCACGGCGGUCGACACCCCCUUCAUCCGCGUAUGACUUAGACGCAAUGGGUCUGGAAGCGGAAGAGACUGACCUGCAAGGAAACUCUCGCUACCCUAAGGGCAGCGCAGGAAGCGCUGGCUCCGCACAGGCCAAUGCCAAGCGCAAGCCCUUCUUUAGGAAGACGGAGAAUGUUCCUCCGUACGACGUGGUGCCGUCCAUGAGGCCCGUGGUGCUGGUGGGACCUUCGCUCAAGGGAUACGAGGUCACUGACAUGAUGCAGAAGGCCCUCUUUGACUUCCUGAAGCACAGAUUCGAGGGGCGCAUCUCCAUCACACGCGUGACGGCCGACAUCUCCUUGGCCAAGCGCUCCGUCCUCAACAACCCCAACCGGAGACCGAUCAUCGAGCGCUCCAACACUCGCUCCAGCAUCGCGGAGGUGCAGAGCGAGAUCGAGCGAAUCUUCGAGCUGGCGCGGACGCUGCAGCUCGUGGUGCUCGAUGCCGACACCAUCAACCACCCGACGCAGCUCGGCAAAACCUCGCUCGCCCCCAUCAUCGUCUACGUGAAGGUUGCCUCGCCCAAGGUGCUGCAACGGCUCAUCAAGUCUCGUGGGAAGUCUCAGAGCAAACACCUCAACGUGCAGAUGGUGGCAGCCGACAAGCUCCUGCAGUGUCCUCCUGAGCUGUUCGACGUGAUCCUGGACGAGAACCAGCUGGAGGACGCGUGCGAGCACCUCUCCGAGUACCUGGAGGCGUACUGGCGCGCCACGCACCCGCCCAGCGCCAACCCACCCAACCCGCUGCUCGAGAGGACCAUCGGCAACACGGCGCUGCCCAACCCGUCGCCCAUCUCCAACCUGCAGGGAGGGAGCACCACUCACCUCCAACACCACAGCGAACUAGGAACCCCCCCGCCCGGCAUGGACCCAUCCCGCCGCUCAUACAACAACCAACAGCAGCAGCAUCAACAGCAGCAGCAACAGCAGCAGCAGCAACAGCAGCAGCACCUGCAGCAACAGCAGCAGCAGCAGCAGAGGCACUCCCCGACGACACCGUCGUCGUCCUCGUCGCGCCAGCCGCUCGUCCGCCGGUGGAGCGGCGGUCGCUCGGGAGGACUCGCCCGGCAAGACACCUUCGACUCGGAGACGCAGGAGAGCCGAGACUCGGCCUACACGGAGGAGCAGGCGGAUGACGAAUACCCUGAGCAGCAGCAGCAUCAGCAGCGACGGAGGAGCAGGGAACGUGGUUACCCCGGUGACGCGUCUCCACCGCAGGAUGGCUGCGCUUCACCCGGCACGGUGGGCAACGAUAUCCGGAUGCACCAACACCACCACCAGCACCAGCAGCAGCAGCAUCACGAGCAGGAUCAGGGCGGAGGCCCCGGAGCGCGAGGAUCCUGGGAGCGGGAGCGCGCACGAGAGCUGGAUCACAACGAGCGCAACCGCCAGAGGAGCGGCGGUGCGGGAGGAACGGGAGGCGGCGGCGGCGGCGGCGGUGGCGCCGUUAGCGGUGGCGGUUCGGGGCAGCAGGUGCGACUCCACCGCUCGCGGGAAUCCAGCUACUACGAGACGGAGGGAGCGGACAUCAUGGUGAAGGGCGGGCGUGGGGACUCGGCCGAGGCCGCGUGGUCGCAGCAGCUGUACGUGCGGCCCUGACGCGGCGCAGAGACCUAGGAGACGGCGGUGCUCGGUUUCGGCAGCUAUCGGAGGGGAUGAGUCGCGGUCGCGGUCGGGGCUGGGGUGGUGGUCGGAGCCGACAGGAGACCACGCGGGGAGACCCCGGCCACCACCCCGCCAAUCCGGACCCCGGGCAGCCCCCGUCACCACUGUCAUCCUGACUCCUGUGUGCGCCGCUGAGCGCCAGCGAUCCGCGAGAUGAUGAGGCCAGUGUGUCGCGGUGGAGCGCAGCGUUUGACCGUGAAGCUUGGCGACGCCACGGAGCCCGAGAGGAAGUUACUUCUGGCCACGUGAAAUCAGAUUUUGUAUUGAGCCUCGUGCGUGGAAUCCGAUCUCGUUUUCUUACAUGCAGGCCUCGACGAAUGUGGUUUAUUGGUGGUGGUGGUGGUGGUGUUGCUGGCGGUGACGGUGGUGGCGUCUACUUCGAAGUCAUUCACAUCCAGCCAUCUCCUCCCACUCAGCUCCUCCGUCGCUAUCUAUCCCCUACAGCAGGGCUUCACAAACCACCGUGCCAACAACCUCCCCCCCCCCACUGCCCCCUCCCCCAUCGCUUUGCGUUUCCCAAUCGAAUCCAGUCGCAAUGGCACACGGUCGCACAAGUUCACAAUGAUUGGUGGACGCUCUCGGCGAUGGGGAAGAAUGAGAGUCGGAGUGUGGCUGGAGUUUGGCAAACGGCUGCUCUGUGACGGCACGGCCGUCGCCUUCACACGCACGCUCCCUCUCAACUUCAGCCACCUUAACGCAGGGGGCUCCCCGCACUCCAGGCCUCUCACCUCCCGCAGCACUCCUCAUUCGCACGUCCGCCGGUCCUCUUUGUGCUCAACGCAAGUGGAAGUCCGUCGGAAGCCUCGCGCACACGGUGAUUGAAUGCCAAGCUAUAAAACUAAACUGUUUUUUUUUUCAUUUUACCAGGUAGGGCUCACUGAGCUCCAUAGCUCUUUUUCAGAAGCGACCUGGCCAGAAAUGAUAACUCAACGAAAGUGGCUUAUUGCGUGGAAAUUUAUCGCAGCCAAAUACUCUAAACGCAUUUGAACCUCUUGGAGAUCAUUCUCUGGCCAAGUUUUGUUUUCAUUAUUUAUAGUUUUGUGUUUGUGCGUGUUUAUAUAUCGCAUAAACCUGCGCAGUGUUUAAAUAAAUGUUUCAUUCUAUCCUCCAGCCAAGACAUUUUUUGGAAUAAUUUUUCAUUCACGUGACUUUAAUGUUGCGACACGACUGGGUUACAAACGGUGUGGAAAAUGGAAUUGCGUGGAAGGCAGGCCUUUUACGCGUCGUGCAUCAAAGUACCGAGUUACACACAGAGGCCAACUAUUGUGCAUGAACACCAAUUUUUUUAUGCGUAGAUGCCAAGCGUCUUGCCACAGCAGCCAACUCCUUAGGCACAGAGGCCAUCUUCGUUAAGCGCCGAGCUAUUCAUGAACAAUUUCCGGCUCCAAGCCCGAUUCGCAGCACUACUGCACCGGGCCGUCUCAAAUAAUCGCACCUCCGAUCAGCACGGCUGGCUACGUACGGUGCAAAAGAAGUUCAGCACACAUCGCGGCGCUGCCACCGUCAUUUCUCAGGAGAGCCUGAAAACAUCCUUCAGUUCGCCCCCAGUGUAAACUGAACACGCUCCGACGUGCUGCCGUGCACACACCUCCACGCGGCCACGAUGUUUUCCCUCGGAGUUUGUGAAUCCGGGAAUACCCCAACCCUGACCGGGGCCAGGGAGGUCUGCGGCUGGGUUCGGGUCUGGUUCAGGGUCAGGGUUUUUGGGUCAGGAUCUCGGGAGGGGGGAGGGGCUUCUUGUCGCGUGAAUUUCGCUCGGGCGAAGAGCGAAAGGUGGGCACCUGUGAAACGCGUUUUGGUCUUGCCCGCACCUCGUUUUGAAGGGGGUGAAGUCUUCGCCUGCACCGUGUGUCGCGCGGGCUGGCGCGGUUGGGACGCCUGGGUCAGAGGGACACGUUAUUUUGUUUGAAGCCGAUACGGUUUUAUUUAUGCAUGAAAACAUCCGUCUUCGUCUAUAGCACCAAGUGGAUACAGGAUUUAAAAGGACAGUAGAGGCCACUCGAAACGGGAUGUCAUUUGGAAGUAACAAGUGACAUUUUAACUUUUACAUGACAAUUAUAAAUACGACAUAUAUAUUGAUUAUUUAAAAAAUGAUGGUAAUAAUUUAAAGAAAACAAUCACUCAUUUUAAAACGCGGGGGGGGGGGGAAGGGGGGGGGCGAGGGUGAUACAUGAAGUAAAGAGUGAUGUUGUGUUUGCACUCUCCACAUAUCAGACACGAGUCGCGCGUUGAGAUUUGUCAAUCGGACGAUGAUGAAAGGAGUGGCUGGUUUUAGAGGAGUUCUUCGAUAUUUUAACGACAGUACUGUACUGUAUAUUUAAAGCAUGGUUACCUCUUUUUGCAGAUUAUCACAUGCUUUUUUUUCUGUCUUGCACAAUGCGAACGCCGUCUCAAUGCUCCCCCCCCAUCCACCUUCCCAACGCACCCCCCCCCCCCCCUCUCACGUACGGCUAACGAAGGGCCGCGUUCAUUAAGGCAGGUUCACACUGGGCAGGGUGAGCCUAGGCUGUUUGGCUCGCCGGUGAACACUUUUGUUUCCCAUUACCAAGCCAUUGGGUAAUAUCUUUUUUGACAUCCACCAUUGCCCGUGGUACGAGUGGCAUUACCAACACGUGUCCCCGUUGUCAUCGGUAGCGUAUGCCGCCUGCUGUGUAGUGCACGUUAAAUGGACAUCGGUGACAAAAAGAGCUUUGUAGCUAAUCGGAUUCCUCCAGUUAUAAAUAUUCUGAUUUUAAAACGCGUAGUUAUCGUUUUGCAGUCGGAGGAGGAGAUUUGCGCACCUACGUCACCGGUGCCAUCUGUGGCACCGUUGUCACCUGUGGCACCUGUGUCAGUCGCAGAUGCUACGUUUUGGCUGCGGUCUGCCCACAGCACUAAUCCCAAAGUGGAAAAUGCAGUAGAGCAACGGUGGUGUUAGCUCCACCUUAAAUCAGUUUUUUUUCCUGUUUCUUCCACCGUACAUUUUUGUUAUGAAAGAAUUGGCCAAACACACUACAUUGUUAUCAUCACCAUCUCAUUGAUCGGAAACAAAUUGAAGGCACGGCUUGGUAUUCAGCAAGAAUGAAGUGAUGCCCUGAUAUUUUCUCGUAUCAUCUCAAUUGGGUUUGCGCCGAACGCGACACGACAAACCGUGACGUUGAAUCUCGCGGUGCGGUCCAAGGAGACAGUGCUGUCUGCUCCGGGUUUAAUUUCUCUAUGCCCAAUUUAUUUAUUUGUGAUUUUACUCCGCACUGGGCAACGGCUAGUUUACGUGCAGCUGAAGAGUGAAUGUAAGGAAAUACGACACACACACAUUUUUUUUUUACACGACUUCUCUUGCAGCCCUGGCGUGCAGACUUUGGAUUUAUGUUAACAGACAGCACUGUGUCCUGUAGCUUAGACACCGCGAGCCUCCACAUAUCCGGCCUCCGUACAUUGGCUACAGCGAGAACCUGCCUUAAGGAGAGCCGUAUGCGUGACCGCGUUCACAUUAUCAUCGGGGUGGAUUUCACAGCACGCUAAGAUUGCUCCCAUCUCACGUGUGUUUAUAAUGCCCCAUGCAUUACUAUGAUUACUAUUAUGAUGAUUAUUACUACGUGAUGAAUCCAUAUCAUUGAGCAGAUUGUUUCAGAUUUGACGAUGAAUUUUAUUCUUUUAUUUAAAAAAAAAGCGUUGAAUAAAAAUGUUGGGGGAGAAAAUGUAACAAAAAAACAAUGGAUACAUUUGAAAACAAAAAAUGUAAGCAUGCCAGCUGCAUGGUUGUGGUACAGAGAAAACAAAACAAGAAUUAAAAAAAUGAUUGCAUUAAUAA